AUGGGUAGGUUCGUCUUCUUCGCGCUGUUCCUGGCGGCCCUGGUGGCCGUCUCCGCUGCCCAAGGCGUGCUCGAGCAGCGCCUCGCGGACGCGCAGUGCCGGGGCGAGGUCCGGGAGAAGCCGCUCCACGCGUGCCGGCAGAUCCUCGAGCAGCAGCUGACCGGCCGCGCCGGAGAGGGCGCCUUCGGCGUCCCGCUGUUUCAGGCGCAGUCGGACGCCAGGGAGCGGUGCUGCCAGCAGCUCGAGAGUGUCAGCCGCGAGUGCCGCUGCGCCGCGCUCCGCGGCAUGGUGCGGGACUACGAGCAGUCCAUGCCGCCGCUGGGAGAAGGGCGCCACGGCUCGUCCGGGGAGCGUCAACCAGAGCGGGGAUGUUCCGGUGAGUCCACGGCGGAGCAGCGGCAGGAGGUACAAGGGGGUCAGUAUGGCAGUGAGACAGGAGGAAGCCAGCAGCAGGGAGGAGGCUACCACGGGGUGACCGUCGGGCGUGGUGGCCAGCGGCAAGGACAGGUGCUUUGUCACAAGAGGCCGCAGCGGCAGCAGGGAGAAGGAUUCUCCGGCGAGGGGGCGCAGCAGAAGCCGCAGGCCGGUCGCGUGAGGUUGACGAAGGUACGGCUACCGACCGCGUGCCGGAUCGAGCCCCAGGAGUGUAGCGUCUUCUUUGCCGACCAGUACUACUAG